GCGGGCAUGCGAGCGAUGACAGCAUGUGCAGUGUUUUGAUCUGACUGCAAGGAGUGUGUUUUGUUAAUUUCAACAACAUAUGACCUCAUUACAAUGAACGGAAAUCCAUUCUCGGGAAAGACAUUACACGAGAGACUAAAAUUAGUCUUGAAUGAAACGAACGAAGAGCAGUUUCUGCCUGAAUUGACAAAUUUCAACAAGCAAGUAGAAAAGGCCGAAAACACGUAUAUUGUAUCUUGCUUCGGCUCUGUGUUAAUACAUGAAACAUUAAAUCAGUUAAUUGACAGAGCCGCCGUUUGUGAGAUAUCUGACGUCGAACCUUCAGAAUAUACCAAGGACGUCUUCCGAGGAAGAGCUUCCCUGUCGGAGAAUGUUUUAGAGAGUUUACACUGCUUACUGAAGUACGUGCCACCUGAGGAUGUGGCAGGUGGAAAGACACUGAGAAAGAUAAGUCCACAUCUAUUGCACUUGGUCUCAGGGAAUGUGGUGAAAAAUCUGUGGACCAGCAACAGCUCCGUCCUCAAGGCCAAACAGGUGCUGAAUCAGUUGAAAUCACUGUACGGAGUUGACGAGUACUCCGAUCUUCUCCAGGUUAGCUUGACAGGAGGCAAACAUGAUCUCCCAAAUCCAGCAGACUCCUUGUACAGUCAGUACCUGGCAAUAGUACAACAAGCGCUGACGAAGGAUAGGUGGCGGAACUAUCCUGUUUCUGUUGCUUCCUUUGUGUGGGUGCUGCUUCACACCAAGUCUCCCUACCUCAGUGAGUACCUGGGACAGGUGCUACCCUUGCCUCUCAAUAUGGUGGACGAUUUCGCGGUCGAGAGCAAGAUUGUCGGCGUGAGGUGUUUGCACCACAUCAUGCAGAAUGUAUCCCAUGAGGAACUGCGAUGGUAUGGUCGGGCUGAUGUCGUGUAUGAAGCCUUGAAACACCAACUCUACACAAAGCAUGCCACCUUGAUGACAGUCCUUCACCCUGCCCUGCUCUUUAUCCUCCGUGUUGUGGAGAGAGCAGCAGCCACAGCACAUUCCAGAGAUAUGAGCAGGCAUGACGAAAUCUUCAAGAUGAUAAUUCACGAUUCAGAAAUGGAAAACAACAUCCACCUGAGACGUUCACUCACAGCUCACAUACCAGCCUUCAUUGAUGUCAUGGGCAUCAAUGCCGUCUGCCACAUGGCUAGCCUCGUGAACCUUGUUUCCAGCUACCUUGAAAUUUAUGAUGGGCCUGAAGAGACCUCCAGGUUGAAUGGGUUGUCAAUCUUGAAGUCUCUGCUGCUGACUGUCUGGCCAAGGAUCCCAGUUCAUGCCAUUGUCUUGCUGAAAUGUCUUCUCAAGUUUCUGUAUGACGUUGGGGCUGACGAAACUAUAACUCCCCAGUGUGUGAAAGAUGAAAUGACGAGAUCGGCAACUGAAUGCUUGCUGCUUCUUACAAAAACAGCUCCAGAUAUUGUUGAACCUGGACUCCGAUCCAUCUGUGACACGGACACACCUAUAUUUGUGAGGGACAUAGCUAAACAGGUGUGUGAAACAUUCAGACACACAUGUGAGAGAGAUUCCUAGCUAUGUGUGAAAUAUUCAGACACAUGUGGCAAAGUUUUUUGACUAUUCACAGAUCCCUAUUGUGUGAGACAUUGCAAGGCAAAUUGCAGGAAAAUUUAGACACGUUUAUAAGAGACAUUGAUAACAAUAUUCGUGAAAUAUAUAGACACAUUUGCGUUGUUAAUGACAAAGCCAGCAAAUUGUGUGAAACAUACAGACACUCAUAUACUUGUGAGAAACAGCUAGCAAAGGGUGUGAAACAUUCAAAAACAUGUUUGUGAGAGACAUAGCUGGCCAUUUGAGUGAAAAUUGCAGACACACCUGUGCAUGUGAAACAUUGCUUGUCAGACAUGGGCCUUGAAGUCUGUGAGUGCUAUUUCCCCAUAUUAUGGUUAAAAUUGCCAUGAUCAAAAUAUUCUCUUGGAGUUUCAGACUCUUUAUCGUGCUUAUAUCAUUAAAUAUGAGUCCGAUCCUGAACAAUUGAGAAAGCAUGUUGUUUCUGGUACAUUGAUCAAUCUCAUGAUCUGUUUCAUAUACAGUAGAUGUAUGCAGUCAUAGCAGGAUGUAUAGAAUUCUACCAGCUGAAUGUUUGUGUAAAGUCCAAUACACCAUCCUGUGGGCACAUAACAAACUGAUAUCAGUGGGAUUUACAAGGACUAUCCCUUUUAAUUAUUUUGAUCAGUUGAGCCUUUCACCAUUUGACACUCACUGUGACUCAGUGGGUGUAUUUCAAUGUAUUCAGUAGGUAUGCCACAAUACAUCUAUACAUCAAUACUUUUCUAAGACGAUACAAUUAUCGAUACGUUCAAAACUGUAUCAAUAUUUAGUUUUGAAAGUAUUGGUUUAAAUAUGUUUAUUUAUCGUUUACAUUUUGCAAUUGUAUCAUGUUUUUUUAUGUUAUGAGAGUUAUAAAUGAUUAUUUUUCAUGCACAAAGAUGAGAAAAUAGAACUUUUAAGCUCUGAUAAUAAAAAAUGUUGAUCUUU